AUGAUGUCAAAAAAUUUACUUGAAGAAUAUGACAAAAAACGUGAUUUCAGAAAAACUCAUGAGCCGAAACCAGUAUAUGAUAAUAGUAAGUGUACAAAUGAACAUCGAUUUGUUGUUCAAGAGCAUCAUGCUUCAAUGCUUCAUUUUGAUUUUCGGCUUGAAAAUAACGGUGUUAUGAAAAGGUCAAUACCAAAAGGACCAAGUCUUAAUCCUCGUGACAAACGUUUAGCAAUUAUGGUAGAAGAUCAUCCGAUUCCAUAUAUGAACUUUGAAGGCAAAAUACCAGACGGAGAAUACGGUGCAGGUGAAGUACGAACAUGGGAUAUUGGAACCUAUGAAUCGUUAGAUGAUAUUGAUAUUGAUAAAGGAAUAGAACAAGGAAAAUUAACAUUUAUCCUUCACGGGAAGAAACUUCAAGGUGAAUUUCAUAUGGUUCGAUCACGAUUUCGAACAAAUCAACGAGAAAAUCAAUGGCUUUUAAUGAAAAAGAAGGAUGAAUAUGCAAAUGAAAAUUUUUUACUUGAACGCAUACUUAAUUAUGGUUCACGACAAGAUUUACAAUCAUCAGCUGACACUAAAACGAAUAAGAAACGACAAAGACAAUCGACAGUAAUAUCACCUGAAUCACAAGUAAAAAAACGUUGA